UUUUUGUCUUAGCAACAAACUUAGAUAACAUCAUCGCCAAUUGGCAUAUAUAUUUUUCCAAAUCCGGAUAUUCGAGAUCACACCAAUUAAAAUCGAAUUAUUUUAAUGCUAAUUAGACGCUUAAUUUUCAAAUUUAUUUUUUAAAACUUAAUGGAUACAAUUAGUUAAUUGUAGAUCAAUAUUUAUGCGAUUUUCAAAAGUGCAAACACAUUUUUUUCAAAAUUUUUUUAAGUAAAAUAAAUCAUAUCGCUGCAAGCAUGAGGGUAAUAUAUUGGAUUUGUGGGUUCAUCCUGGUGACCUGUGCUAUGGCUAGGCGCGAUUACACCAUUGAACUGGAGAAUAUAACCCCCAUCAUCACGGGCAUUCCAUUUUUGAAAUCCCUUAAUUUUUCUCUCACCAAUCAAAAGGCUGCCAACAUGGAUGCCAUGUUCAAUGUCAAAGUCAACAAAUUACCAGUUAUUGCCUCUGUGUUUCUCUUGACCAAGGGUAAACGUCGCCUCAACCUUUUUCAGAUGUCAAUGGAUAUAUGUGAAGCUCUCAACAAUACGGCGCCCAAUAAAUUUCUCUCAGUAUUUAAAGAUGAAAUGUUGCGAACAUCGAAUAUACCAAAACAUUGUCCUUUGCAGGAGAAUGUCCUCUAUUCCGUACGCAACUAUACCGUCAACGAUGAAUCCUAUCCCCCGAUGUUACCUGAUGCCACAUGGCAGUUUGAAAUAAAUAUCAAUAAUGGCAACAAUAAAAAUCUUAAAACUGGCAUUGUGAAAAUUACAGGUCACAUUCGCAGGAUAUAAUACAGUAACCAGAUUUCCAACCUAUUUUUUAGGUUGCAUUGUAAAAUGUGUAGUACUAUUAAUUAAACCUAGAGAAUAUAUACCACAAUCGGAUGGCUUAUUUAGAUCUAUGGAUACAUGGCAUUGAAAUCUGUAUAAGUGAAUUGGAUUAUUCUGCUUCACCAAAUUUAGACUAGAUCAGAUACUUGAUUCGUUUUAUAUGAAAUACAUAAAAGAGUACCAAAAUA